AUGGUCUCCUCGCCCCAAGAUCUUCGACCCAUCGUCGUCUCCGGUCCUUCAGGCGUCGGCAAAGGCACACUUAUCCAAAAGCUAUUUGAUACACACCCUGCCACCUUUGGAUUCACCGUAUCCCAUACGACGCGAAAACCGCGACCGGGCGAAGUCGAGGGCGUCGCUUACUUCUUCGUCUCCCCGUCCGAGUUCUCCUCCCUCUGCUCCCAGGGUGCGCUCGUGGAGCAUGCGUAUUUCAGCGGCAACUACUAUGGCACGAGCAAGCAGACGAUCGACGAUCAGGCGAGGAAAGGCUUGGUUGUGGUGCUGGACAUUGAGAUGCAGGGCGUCAAGCAGAUGAAGGCGAACCCCAGCAUCGAGGCGCGAUAUGUCUUCAUUAAACCGCCCAGCUUCGAGGCACUAGAGGCGCGGCUCAGGGCCCGCGGAACGGAGAAUGAGGAGGAUUUACGGAAAAGGCUCACCCAGGCUCAAUUCGAACUGGAUUAUGCCGAGUCUCAGGGGUCUUUUGAUAAGAUUAUUGUCAAUGAUAGCAUUGAAACGGCGUAUGAGGAGCUUGAGAUGUUUGUGUUUGGACGGGCAUAG